AUGGGAUUUUGUCUCCUCGAAAAUGUGAAGCAACUGAACCUCUGGAAAGUGGUAGUCAGCGUGGCCACAGGGGCCGGGGCUGUCUACCUGUGCUACAAGGCCAUCAAGACUGGCUUACGAUGCCAGCCUCCCUUCUGCUCCAACUCUCCGGUCUGCAUUGCCCGUGAGUUCUUGGUCCCUGGGGAAAGGGCUCUGUCCCUGGAGACAUCUGCUUCUGAGGCCUUCCUUAUGGGAAGGCUCAAAGGCCUGGCUGUGGAGCGAGAGCGCCUUGGGCGGGACACGGGUGAGCUUCGAAAGCUUCUCAACUCUUUGGAGUGCAAUCAUGACGAAUUCACCAAGAGCAUGAUCCUGCAUAGUAUCACCCGCUGUGUGUACUUGCUGGAAGCUGAGGCCGCUGCUUGUACUAAUGAUGACAUCAGACUGGUGGGCUGCAUGCUGGAUGACAAGGACAACUGUGUCAAAAUCCAGGCUCUGAAUGCACUUAAGGCUUUCUCUGGCAUCAGAAAAUUCAGGGUUAAAAUCCAGGAACACUCCAUGAAGAUACUGGAGUUGAUUUCUACCAUUUGGGAUUCAGAGUUACACGUCUCAGGCCUCCGACUUCUCAACAACCUCCCAGUGCCUGAGUUUGUUCAUCCACAGCUGCGACGGGUGAUGCCUGCCUUGAUGGAGAUCCUGCAGUCAGACUAUAUCACAGCCCAGAUACAAGCCAUACGACUGCUGAGUACACUGGCCCAGAAGGAAGACCUUCUCUACGAUAUCCUUAACUGCCAGGUGCACCCCGCCUUCCUGAACCUUUUUCAGUGCUGUCGGCCAGGGAACCUGUUAUUUGAGAUCCUGGUGUUUGCUGAGCGGCUGAGCGAGGGCCGGAAUUCAGCCCAUUACCGAGCUGUGAAAUGGCACUACAACGAACAGUCUCUGCACGAAGCUCUCUUUGGGGCUGACUCGCGACUGGCAGACCGACUACUUGCCUUGGUCAUCCACCCGGAGGAGGAUGUUCAGAUCCAGGCCUGCAAGGUCAUAGUUACCCUGCAGUGCCCCCCAGAUCUGGGAAACCGGCCGACCUGCCAGCCUGCCUGCCAGACCAGUAAUUCCUUCUUUGCUAAUGUGGAGUAAAAGUUAGGGCCUCAUAAUAAAUUGAGAAAGGGAAAGAAGCAUGAA